AUGCCUCGCUCUGCUUCAUCUGGCCCCGCUCUCUUCUGCUAUUAUCGCUGUACCGCAAUAGUUGCUAUGAGCAACUGUAAACAGUUCUUGUGGUGCCAUUGUGCGUUCUGCCUGUAUCGUGGUAAGUAUGAAUUGUGGCUGCGGCGCCGUGAGGGUGGCGGGGUGAUGUGCAGGGAGGAGUUCGACUUCGUCAUCGUCGGCGCGGGCGCCGCCGGCAGCGCCCUGGCCCUGCGCCUCACGGAGCGACCGGACUGGAACGUGCUGCUGCUGGAGGCCGGCGGGGAAGAGGUGCCCGUCAUGGACGUGCCCUUCUUUAUCGGCCAGUUCCAAUCCACCGACGCCAACUGGCAGUACGUCACCACCCCGCAGACCACUUGCUGCGUUCUCAUGGAGGACUCCCGGUGCGACUACCCCACUGGCAGAAUGGUCGGCGGCGGCACAGGCAUCAACUACAUGUUCGCGAUUCGCGGCAACGCCCUGGAUUUCGACAACUGGGCGGCCAUGGGAAACCGCGGGUGGUCGUUCGCGGAUGUGCUUCCGUACUUCAAGAAGGUUGAGGACGUGAACAUUCCCGAAUUGCAAAACAGCGAUCUCCGGGGACAUGGAGGAAGAGUAAAAAUAACUUAUCCAGACUAUUUCUCAGAUGUGGGGCGACUGAUCCUGCGCGCUGCAGAGGAAGCGGGCUUCUUCAUGACGGACUACAACGGCGAGAAGCAGACAGGAACGGGGCGCAUCCAGACUACAACGUACGAAGGCUCUCGCUGGAGCGCCAACGCAGGCUACUUGAACGAGGCGCGCGCCCGCCCCAACCUCUUUCUGCGCACGCGCAGCUUCGCCACGCGCCUCGUGCUGGAGGGCGUGCGCGCGCGCGGCGUGCGCUACGAGCGAGGCGGCCACGAGCACGUCGCCUACGCCACGCGCGAGGUGAUCCUGUCGGCGGGCGCCGUCAACUCCCCCGCCAUCCUCAUGCACUCGGGCAUCGGGCCGGCCGACCACCUGCAGCAGCUGGGCAUACCGGUGGUGCAGCCGCUGCCCGUCGGGCACAACCUCAUGGACCACACGCCGUUCACCGCCACCUUCACCACGCUCAACCAGUCCCUGGCUCCCAGCCUGCUUGAGAUCAUGCUCAAUCCCCAAACCCUCGUCGACUACUUCAAGAAGAGGACCGGUCCUCUCACGUCGACAGGGACGUUCGAGGCGGUUUCGUUCCAUGAGAUGGAAGGGACCAAUUUCCACGUCCCCGGCUGGCCGGACGUGGAGAUUCUGUACGCCUCUGGCAGUCCAGCGCCGACCGCGAAAGCUGCCAGACUCUUUCGAGUAACGAGGAGCACGUACGAUCGACUGCUCAGACAGCUGGAGAACAAGCCUGUUGUUAUGGCCGUCAUAAUGCGGCUGCGCCCCAGCAGCCGCGGGCGUGUUUACCUGCUCGACCGCAACACCUCCACCCCGCCGCAGAUCGACCUCAACGCGUUUUCGGACCCUGAGGACGUGCAGGUGGUGCUGGACGCAGUGAGAACGUACCAAAAGAUUCUGGCCUCACCCAGUUUCCAGAAGGUUGGCGCUAGGUUGUGGGAUACGCCGGUCCCAGGCUGCGAACAACUUUUAUUCGACUCUGAUGACUACUGGCGCUGCGCGAUUCGUCAGUUUUCGCAUCCCAUUUAUCACCCGAGCGGAACCUGCAAAAUGGGACCUCCUGGAGAUCCAACGGCUGUAGUAACACCGGAGCUGAAAGUUGUUGGUGUUGAAAGAUUGCGAGUUGUGGAUGCGUCCAUUAUGCCAUUAAUCACUUCAGGACAUUUGCAAUUACCAACUUACAUGAUAGGAGAGAAGGCUGCAGACAUGAUCAAAGAGGAACAUGCAAGAUAA